AUGGCCCACCACGGCCCCCUCGCCGUCGCCGUUCUCCUGCUUCCUCUCGUCGUCGCCUCCGCGGCAACCGAUUUCGAUUUCUUCCACCACGUUCAGCAGUGGCCCGGCUCUUACUGCAACACAAACACAAAUGCCACCCGCUGCUUCCCGGGCGGCGAGAAGCCGGCCGCGGACUUCGGCAUCCACGGCCUCUGGUCAGAGUACGCCGCGUGCCGGCCCGACGCCGUGAACCCCCCAACAAGACCAGUUGCUGGCCGGACUCCUGCAACGCCACCGCUCCUCUCGACCUGUCGCAGGUACGUACACGGUGCACUACCAUUCAGUACCGGUGCACCCACAGAUAUCCUCGCACUCUGCACCAUCCACCAUGGCCAUGGUCUGACGGCACUCGGCACUCGCACUCUGCAGAUCAGGGACUUGGACAGCGACCUGCGCCGGAACUGGGGGACGCUGUCGUGCAAGAACAGGGACAACACGCAGUUCUGGAACCACGAGUGGAGCCGGCACGGCACCUGCUCUAACAUGGACCAGCACUCCUACUUCCUGGCCGCCCUGGAGCUCAAGGCCCGGUUCAACCUCACCCGCAUCCUGCUGGACGCCGGCGUCGUGCCGUCCGACGACAAGGAGUACUGCCUCCGCACCAUCCGGGACGCAGUGGCCGCGGCCACGGGCUCCGCGCCGAUGGUGGAGUGCAACCGCAACGAGCGCAACGAGACGCAGCUGUACCAGGUGUUCCAGUGCGUCGGCCUCGACGGACGGACGCUCGUCCACUGCCCACUGCCGGAGCAGCGCGGUGCACCGACAUGGUCAAGUUCCCACCGUUCUAGGCAUUUGGUUCUGUUGAUCUGCUUGAACGAAGCCGAGCUGAAUUUGCUCCGCAGCCAUUUUGACUGUACUGUACCAUUCUACGUCCACUAA